CCUAGUAGUAAACGUGGACUGGAAGUUAGUGGAUCAAUUAAUUUAAAUAAUUGAGCAGUUGGAGGGAUUGGGCCGAAAAGUUCGCAGCUAAAAACGGGCCCAACCGCCCACGUUCGUAAGGAAAGCGAGAAAUAAAGCCGCUUAUGAUUAUGAAUUGAUUGACAUUAGAAAGAGUUCCAGACUGACAAGGAGUCUUUACAGUUAUGAAAAUCAGGUUCCAUCCAGAUCCUUCGUUUUCCCCUUUACCCAUUUCAAAUCAACGUCAAAUCAAAUCUAAUUACAAAUUAGAUAAACUUAAAUCACCUAACUAGAUAAUAAAACAUCUCAAUUUGAAAAAUAAAAUCAUGCACUAAUCACCGUCCAAUCUGAUAAUUAUUUGGCUACAAACUGAGGAUGAAAGAAAAAAAGAAAGAAAUAAUAAAAAAAGGAAAAGAAAAAAUCUGGACGAGCAGUUUCUCGAAUUCCAUGUUUUAUAGUUCUCAGCGGCGCUUUGUUUUUGAUUCCCAUAUCUGCUCCCAACAAAAUCUUUGUCGAAGUAAUCAGUUCAAUUCGUCUCUGCUCCAGAGGAGAGAAAAAAUCGCUCGGAGAUUGAACUCCAAUAAUGGCGGCGAAGCACGACGAACUGCCGGUCCCGAUUUUCUCCUCCCUCGAUCCUGUCUACGGCGGCGAUUCUCAACUGGAAGAGGCCCAGUUCCGGUUCGACAAGUUGAAGUCCAAGUUUCUCCAAGUCUUCGGCCAUCCGCCUGACCUCUACGCCCGCGCUCCAGGACGAGUGAAUUUGAUCGGGGAGCACAUCGAUUAUGAAGGCUACUCGGUGCUGCCAAUGGCGAUUCGACAGGACACGAUCGUGGCGAUUCGCAAGCGGUCUCCAUCGGAGGCGGAAAAGCUUCUUCGGAUUGCGAAUGUCAACGAGGAGAAGUACGCAACGUGCACUUACCCUGCGGAUCCUAACCAGGAAAUUGACUUGAAACAUCACAGAUGGGGCCAUUAUUUCAUCUGUGGAUACAAAGGUUAUCAUGAAUACGCCAAAACUAAAGGGAUAGAUGUUGGUGUUCCAGUUGGGCUGGAUGUUAUGAUUGAUGGAACUGUUCCAACUGGGUCUGGACUUUCGAGCUCUGCUGCAUUUGUUUGUUCGGCUACCAUUGCAAUUAUGGCUGCUUUUGGUGUCAGCAUUCCAAAGAAAGAAGUUGCUCAGCUGACAUGCGAUUGCGAAAGGCAUAUAGGGACUCAAUCUGGAGGAAUGGAUCAGGCGAUCUCUGUAAUGGCUAAGGCUGGAUUUGCUGAACUUAUCGAUUUCAAUCCUGUUCGAGCAACUGAUGUGCAUCUUCCUGAUGGUGGGACUUUUGUGAUUGCACAUUCUUUGGCAGAGUCUGAAAAGGCUGUCACUGCUGCAACUAAUUACAAUAACAGAGUUGUUGAAUGCCGCCUAGCUUCUAUCAUACUUGGGAUAAAGCUCGGAAUGAAACCAGAGGAGGCUAGGUCAAAAGUUAAAACCCUUUCUGAUGUAGAAGGGUUGUGUGUAUCGUUUGCUGGCAAACGUGGUUCUUCAGAUCCUGUUAUUACCGUUAAGGAAUUCUUGAAAGAGGAACCAUAUACAACUGAAGAAAUUGAAAAAAUAACUGGAGAGAAGCUUACAACUACGUUUGGCAGUUCUGCAUCCUCAUUGGAGGUGUUAAAGGCAGCCAAGAACUUCAAGUUGCAUCAGAGGGCAGCCCAUGUUUACUCUGAAGCCAAGCGGGUGCACACUUUCAAGGAUACCGUGGUAGCAAAUCUCAAGGAUGAGGACAAGUUAAAGAAGCUAGGUGAGCUAAUGAACGACAGCCACCACAGUUGCAGCGUUCUAUAUGAAUGCAGCUGUCCGGAGUUGGAAGAACUCGUUAAAGUCUGUCGCGAUCAUGGAGCCUUGGGGGCCAGACUAACUGGAGCCGGAUGGGGCGGUUGUGCAGUUGCAUUGGUGAAGGAAGCCAUUGUCCCACAGUUCAUCCUUAACUUGAAGGACAAGUUCUACCAGUCAAGAAUAGAGAAAGGGGUGAUCAACAAGAGCGAUCUCGGACUCUAUGUGUUUGCUUCGAAGCCUUCCAGUGGUGCUGCUAUCUUCAAGUUCUAGGCCUGUUCAGUCAUAUUAUCUAAAACCCGUAACUUGUAAGAAGUUAGGUUUUUUUACCUUUGUUUAUGCACAAAACCAAACAUGAUUAUCAGUACAGUGUUAUUGUUGGGUGGUGAAAUAUAAAUAAUUUUCGUCUCUCAGAUACUUUGCUGGCGUUUUGUAGUAGUGAACUGCUUCUGAACUAGUAUAGGCAGCUUUUGUCAUUGUCCUGCUCACGUCGAGCUCCUGAAUCCAUAUGGUGCGAUCUGUUGUUUCAACAAACGAACAUGUUCUUGUAUUGUAAUUUUUCAUUAAAUUCGGUAUUGUGUUUCCUUGUUGAUCCAUUGACAUUAUUAGUGUUGUACUGUGAUGUAUACUUCAUUGACAAGCGCACUUGUGCACUUGUGCUCUGUAUUUCCUGAUCACAAUGCGGUGGGAAGUCUCGAAAUAACAUUUCACUUUUUUA